AUGAUACAAAAAUUUGAUUUGGUUAAUCAUGCAUGGUACCAAAGGGUGUACAAUCUAAAGGAAAAGUGGUGUCCAGCACUUAGUAAAGAUUUCUUCUCGACAGGAAUUCUUUCAUCACAAAGAAGUGAAAGUACGAACCAUGUAGUAGGAUUCAGAGCUAAUAAAUCAACAACACUGACAGAAUUCUAUGGCAUCUUUGUAAGAACCAUAAAAAGAUGGAGAAGUGAUGAGAAGUAUAAUGAGUUUACCUGCAGCAAAUCAAUAGCCUUUACUUCAUUGCCACUAUCCGGAAUGCUAAAGCAUGCUGCUCAGGUUUACACAUUGUCUCUGUUUAGAGACUUUGAAGAGGAAUUUGGCUACUCAAUGGCGACCACAAUACAAAUUCUAGGGAGAACUGAAGAAAACAUUAUUCUUUAUAAAGUAUCUCUAGAAGAAAAGCCAUGGUCUUCCCAACAGAGUCAAGAAAAUGAAAAGGCAAGAGCAUUCAUGGAGGAAAACUUCAAAAGCUGUAUGAAAAUGGUGGAAGACUUACUUGCGGCUGAAGCUUUUACAGAGGAGGUUGUUGCAAGUGAUGACAAUUCUAAUGUGGCAGAGAGUGCUCAGAGUAACAAUAAUACUGCUUCUUCAUCAACAAGUACAACCAUACCCACUAUAUUAGACCCUAAGAGAGCUGUAACAAAGGGAAGAAGCAAGAGAGAAAAAGGAGCACUUGAAAAAGGGAAGAAAUCAAAGCAAAAAGCAUUACCAGAUCCAAAUUCAGAGUUUGGAUCGAAGACACCUACUGUGCGACUUUUUUGA